CUUAAUCUCAAAUUUUCCCAGGUCGAGAACGGAGGCAACGACUGCUGGCACAACCAACCGAGUCCUGCCCACGGGGGUAACUCCACCAAAGCCGUAGGCUGACAGGGAUCUGGGGUUUGGAGGGCAAAUGGUGAACCGCCACCAGAGAAUAAGCAGAAGUGUCCACACCUCACCCGGGCGGCGAAGGCAAGCAGCUCAGAACCCCCAGCGUGCAGUACCGAAUGCGCGUGCGCGGGGCCAGAGGGUACGCCCCCACGCGGGCGCACGUCGGCGGAAUCGGCGGCGCGCGCUCCAGGCCGAGGCUGUGUAGGCUGGGGAGGGAACUAGGCGGCGGCACCUCGAGCUGAGGUGACGCGGAGCGGACGGCUGCGGAGAAGACCUCCGACUCGCGGCCCAAGUCUGGAGGGCUCGCCUUAUCGACUGCCCAUCUCAGAGGCUGCUGGCCGUUUCCGUCGCCAGGAGUGACCGCCGCCCCUGGAGACUCGCCGUGACACGGGCCUAAGUCGCGGCGGCCGCGGACGCCCGGACCGCUGGAACCCGCGUCCCAGUCGGGCCGGGCCGGGCCGAGCCGAGUGGAAGCGAGCGUCUGGACAGGUGCCGCCCCAAAGGACAGUUCGGGGGUGAGGAGCCCACCCGCGCUGCCCUCACGGACCCGGCUCGGCGGGAGAGCCGUCCUCUCCUCCCACCCCGGCCCCCGUGGACCGGAGCCCGCGUCGCCGCCCCGCCUUUCCCCGGAGCGGAGCGGCGGGAGCCGGGAGAUUUUCUGUUGGUCGGUGUGUGGUGUUGGUGCCGCCGCCGCCGCUAGGCUCGCGCGAGAGAGGAGGGAGGAGAAACUUUGCCUUUUAUUGUUGUUUUUAGUCCUUAAGUGCCAGGAACUCAGUUGGGAGGCAAAAUGUCCUUCUUCAAUUUCCGUAAGAUCUUCAAGUUGGGGAGCGAGAAGAAGAAGAAGCAGUACGAACAUGUGAAGAGGGACCUGAAUCCCGAGGAGUUUUGGGAAAUUAUAGGGGAAUUGGGCGACGGAGCCUUUGGGAAAGUGUACAAGGCCCAGAAUAAAGAGACCAAUGUUUUAGCGGCUGCAAAGGUGAUUGACACCAAAUCUGAAGAAGAACUUGAAGAUUACAUGGUUGAAAUUGAUAUAUUAGCAUCUUGUGAUCACCCAAAUAUAGUCAAGCUUCUAGAUGCCUUCUAUUUUGAGAACAAUCUUUGGAUCCUCAUUGAAUUUUGUGCAGGUGGAGCAGUGGAUGCUGUGAUGCUUGAACUUGAGAGACCGUUAACUGAGUCCCAAAUCCAAGUAGUUUGCAAACAGACUUUAGAGGCAUUGAACUACUUACAUGAUAAUAAAAUCAUCCACAGAGAUCUAAAGGCGGGCAACAUCCUUUUUACCUUAGAUGGAGAUAUUAAAUUGGCGGAUUUUGGAGUAUCAGCUAAAAACACAAGGACAAUUCAGAGAAGAGAUUCCUUUAUUGGCACACCAUAUUGGAUGGCUCCUGAAGUAGUCAUGUGUGAAACAUCUAAAGACAGACCCUAUGACUAUAAAGCUGAUGUUUGGUCGCUGGGUGUCACUUUAAUAGAAAUGGCUGAAAUAGAACCACCUCAUCAUGAAUUAAAUCCAAUGCGAGUGCUGCUAAAAAUAGCAAAAUCUGAGCCCCCUACAUUAGCACAGCCAUCAAAAUGGUCUUCAAAUUUUAAGGACUUUCUAAAGAAAUGUUUGGAAAAGAAUGUGGAUGCCAGAUGGAAUACAUCUCAGCUACUGCAGCAUCCCUUCGUUACUGUGGAUUCCAACAAACCAAUUCGAGAAUUAAUUGCAGAGGCAAAGGCUGAAGUGACAGAAGAAGUUGAAGAUGGCAAAGAGGAAGAUGAUGAUGAGGAAACAGAAAAUUCCUUGCCAAUACCUGCAAGUAAGCGUGCCUCUUCUGACCUUAGUAUUGCCAGCUCUGAAGAAGAUAAACUUUCACAAAAUGCUUGUAUCUUGGAAUCUGUCUCAGAAAAAACAGAACGUAAUACUUCUGAAGAUAAAUUUAACAGCAGAGUUGUUAAUGAAAAACCCACCAUUGAUGAACCUGAAAAAGCUGCAGAUGGUGUUAACGAACUUAUUAACCAUGCUCCUUCAGAAACUGCAGUUGAACUUCAAAAUGGAACAGGAGUAAUCAAAGAGAAUGGGAGAGAAGAGAAAAGAUCUGAGCUUGAAAAUCUACCUGAUACAGAAGACCAAGAAACUGUGGACAUUAAUUCCAUUGAUGAAGAUAAAGAGAAUAAUACAGUGAUAACUUCAGAAACAAAUAUUGACCGUAAUCUGAAACCUGAGGAAAAAAGGGAUCAGGAAAGGCAACAAAUAUUGGAAAAUAAGCUUAUAAAAUCUGAAGAAAUUAAAGAUACUUCUGUUCAGACAUUGGAUAUAGUUUCUCAAGAGACUGGGGAAAAAGAGGCAGAUAUACAGGCAAUUGAAAAUGAAGUUGGAUUUACAAAUGAAGACACCCAAGAAAAAUUGGGAAAAGAUGACAAAACUCAAAAGUAUGUCAUCAGUGAUACAAGCAAUGUAAAAACAAAUGAGGCAGUAGAUAUUGCUCAGGGGGCUGUUAAAAACAAAGCUGAGGAUGCUCAGAGUAAUGAUGGGAAAGAAGUGGUUGAAAUAGACCAGAAAUUAAUAAGUAAGGUAAAUCCUGAGGCUGGUGGUACUGAGGAAGUUCCUAUUAAAGAAAUAGUUGAAACUAAUGAGAGAGAUCAAAAAUUGGUAGAAGGUAAAAAUGAGAAACAAUUAAUCAGCAGUUCAGAAAACAUAUUGAAGACCAGUGAGGAACCAGGGGCGAAUGAAGUUGAAGAAAUUACUGAGUCAAGUAGCACUGAAGAAAUAGAAAUCAGAAAUGCAGAGAUAUAUACUGACCAAAAGAGUGUGGGAAGUGAAACUCAGGAUGAUCAUAAAGAUACAGAGCAAAAAGAAAUGCCAUAUGAAGUGCCAGUUAAGCCAGAACCUCAGGUUACUGCAGCUUCACAGCUCAAUGAACCUCAACCUGUUCUAAUACCUAGUAUUAAUAUCAACUCUGAAGAUGCAGAAAAUAAAGGAGAAAUAGGUGCUUUAUCAAAAACUGAAACCAUGCUGCUCCCAGAAUCAGAGAAUCAAAAGGAAAAUGAUACUGAUUCUGGCACUGGUUCCACUGCUGAUAAUAGCAGCAUUGACUUGAAUUUAUCCAUCUCUAGCUUCCUAAGCAAAACUAAAGACAGUGGAUCCAUAUCUUUACAGGAAACAAGAAGACAAAAGAAAACAUUGAAGAAAACACGCAAAUUUGUUGUUGAUGGUGUAGAAGUGAGUGUAACAACAUCAAAGAUAGUUACAGAUAGUGAUUCCAAAACCGAAGAAUUGAGGUUUCUUAGACGGCAGGAACUUCGGGAAUUAAGAUUUCUUCAAAAAGAAGAGCAAAGAGCCCAACAACAGCUCAAUAGCAAACUGCAACAACAACGUGAACAAAUUUUCCGGCGCUUUGAGCAAGAAAUGAUGAGUAAAAAGCGACAAUAUGACCAAGAAAUCGAGAAUCUAGAAAAACAGCAGAAACAGACUAUAGAACGUCUAGAACAAGAACACACAAAUCGCUUGCGAGAUGAAGCCAAACGCAUUAAAGGAGAACAAGAGAAAGAGCUGUCCAAAUUUCAGAAUAUGCUAAAGAACAAGAAGAAGGAGGUUAUAAAUGAAGUGGAGAAAGCACCCAAAGAGCUGAGAAAAGAGCUCAUGAAACGCAGGAAAGAGGAGCUUGCACAAAGCCAGCAUGCUCAGGAACAAGAGUUUGUGCAGAAGCAACAGCAAGAAUUAGAUGGCUCUCUGAAAAAGAUCAUCCAGCAGCAGAAGGCGGAGUUAGCCAAUAUUGAAAGAGAGUGCCUGAAUAACAAACAACAGCUCAUGAGAGCUCGAGAAGCUGCAAUUUGGGAGCUUGAAGAACGCCAUUUACAAGAGAAACACCAGCUACUCAAACAGCAGCUUAAAGAUCAGUAUUUCAUGCAAAGGCACCAGCUGCUGAAACGCCAUGAGAAGGAAACAGAACAAAUGCAGCGUUACAACCAACGACUUAUUGAGGAAUUGAAAAACAGACAGACUCAAGAAAGAGCAAGACUGCCCAAGAUUCAGCGCAGUGAAGCCAAGACUCGAAUGGCCAUGUUUAAGAAAAGUUUGAGAAUUAACUCAACAGCCACACCAGAUCAGGACCGUGACAAAAUUAAACAGUUUGCCACGCAAGAAGAAAAGCGACAGAAAAAUGAGAGAAUGGCUCAGCAUCAAAAACAUGAAAAUCAAAUGCGGGAUCUUCAAUUGCAGUGUGAAGCUAAUGUCCGAGAACUGCAUCAACUGCAGAAUGAAAAAUGCCACCUAUUGGUUGAGCAUGAGACUCAGAAACUGAAGGAAUUAGAUGAGGAACACAGCCAGGAAUUAAAGGAGUGGAGAGAAAAAUUGAGACCUAGAAAAAAGACACUAGAAGAAGAGUUUGCCAGGAAGCUGCAGGAACAGGAAGUGUUCUUUAAAAUGACCGGGGAGUCUGAAUGCCUUAACCCUUCAACACAGAGCCGGAUUUCCAAAUUCUAUCCUAUUCCUAGCUUGCAUUCCACUGGAUCAUAACAACAGGAACCAUUCUGUGGUUGCGUUUGGCUUUUUAAAUAUGUUACUCUAUUUUCUUCAUCUUCUGCCACAGUCUAUAUCAGAUAGCUCAUGAAGACAAUCACCUUACUCACCUUCCAGGUGUUUUUUGUUUGUUUGUUUGUUUUUUAAGCAAAGAUGAAAGGAAAAGGAAAUAAGACAGAUGCUAGGCCAUGUUGGCAAAGUGGCAUCUUAUAGUAAUUCCCUAAGGUGAUUUUGUAUAUAAUCUAAAAAUUUUGUUCUUUAGAUGUUGUUACCUGAGAAACUGAUAAGAGAAAUAAUGUUUAAAGUUAUUUAAAAAAAGAACAAAACUGUUACAUCACUAAGUAUUAAUAAAUAUCUUUUUACCUGACCUACCUUCUCAAUGAUUCCUAAAUUCCUUAGUUGAAACUCUGCUGUAGAGUUGGAAUAAUUUUUUUGUUGUUGUUGUUAAAUCAGUGCUCAUGAAAAAGCUAUGAGUUGCUCAAAAUAUGCUAUCAAUUCAAUAAAUAACUAUAACUUAUCUUUAAACAUAGGAACAAACUCUUUUAAAAGAGAAAAAAAAAUUCAGUAAUUUUGUCUAAAAUUAUUACCUUUUGAGGCAUGAGUUGUUAAUUUAAGGGUGCUCAUUUUACUAAUAUAGUGCCUAAAACAAAAUUUAGUCUGAAAUUGGAUUUUCUUUUCUGAUUCCACAGGGAUAAACCACCCUUAGCAUUAAACGUUACUAUUUUAAAAAUCUUGCUCCUGUUGCCAUUUGAUAGAAAUUUUCAUCCAAAAUAUAUGUUGUGCAAAGUUUGGAAAGAUGAAAAAAAAAAAGGUAACUUUUAGAUGUCCAAAUGGGAAAUGUAAAAUUUGACAAAUUAAAAAUAAUGUAGAUUUAACUGUCCCAGUUUAUUUUCUAAAAUAAUACAUAAGCUGGCAAAAUGAUUUCUCCCCAUUUUAGAAAUUCUGUUUGUUUAAAACACUAUCAGAGGCCUGUAGGCACUGAGUUAUAUAUUUAUAAAUAUAUUUUCUGAAAUUAAUCUUAAAAGAAGCAUUUGUUCAGAAUAACUUUUUUUAAAAGAAUUUAAAUUAAAUAUUUAGACAAAUGUUAGAAAUGACUAUUUUUGUUGUUUUGAAAUUGUGGUUUUAUUUGGUUCCAAAUUUAAAUUAUUUACUUGAUUUGAGUGGAGAAAGUCUGAAACCUUUAUCUUGUAGUUGCUGGUAUGUGUAAUUAUUAGUGACAUAUUCACUCUUAGUCCUCCUUGAGGCUUAGCAUUUCAACCAAGUGUCUGGUCAAACACUUUUGUAAACUGCACUUGAUGUGUGAGGCAGUACAUUUGUAAACGAUGCUUGCUGCCUGUCAUUUGCAACCUAUUCUCUUUUAAGAGUGCUAGGUACCAAAUUGUAAAAGUUUCAGUUUUUAGUUAUUUUACAUUUGAGAUCGGUGAAAAAAAUCGAAAGGUAAAUUUGUGAGAAUACUGAUUCAUAUUAAAAUGUAAAUGUCUGUAGCACUUCCUUUCAGUUAAUUUUAAAAUUUUGAAUGCCGAAGCUUAUUUUGUCAGUGGUUUAGAUGAUUUGAAAAUGCAUGUGUGAUUUUAAUUUUGUAAUUGUUUUUGAUAAGUAUAAUUUACUUAGACAACUUUGUAGCUAGCCUUACUUUUUGGCCAAGUUUCUUUUUUUUAAUAUAAAUAUAUACAUAUAUAUAUUAUGUAUGGUUGUAAAUUCAUACACUUAUCACAUGAAUGUGUUACUGUGUACAAAACUCUAAUGCUUUAUUCUCAAAUGCUGGGUUGAAAAAUGUUUUGAAAGCCUUUUAAAAUAUAUAUAUCUUUAUAAAGUAAUAUUCAGGAUGAAAAUGGAAAUUGUUUAUAUUGUUAAGAUAAAAUGAUGGUAUAAUGUUGCUCAGUUUAUUUAAUGAUUUAUUGGAAUAGGGAGAGGGGAGGAAGUUUCUCAUACCACUUUCUCCUUUGAAAAUUUCAGUUUUUGGCUUUUUAAAUAUUAGUAUUUCAGGCAGUGGCCCUUUUUUCCAGUAUCAUUUAAGUGAUCCGUGUGCUAAAUAGCUUUUGACAAGUAAUUAAUUUUAGAAUUUUUUAUUCUUCCUAUUCCUCUCAACUUGAUGUUCAAAUUAUUGAAUAAAGGAGAGAAGCUUGGGGUGGAAUGGUCGACACUCUGAGUGAGUUUAUUAGCAACUCUUGCAUCUCCUUUAAAAAAACUGCCCUUUGGAUUUAGUGUUCAUUUGAGAGUUCUCUUUCAAAUAUGACCAUAUUCAUGUGCGUGGGAGACUAUAAAAUUAUGCAUAUGUAGAGUUGAAACAUUCAUUUUAAUACUUAAAGUUAUAUAAAUUUUUUCAAAAAAGUGUUUUGUUAUAGAAUACGCUGUUUGUACCUUACCUGUCCGCCUCUUGUUGGACCCUGUAUUCACAUAGUGAUCUGACUUUGUGAAGUGCAUGAAAUGUAGGUGGGAGUUAGAGAGGGGUGCAGACUUCUUUGAAAUCUAAAAGUGCAGUCAAAUCCAUUCCUCAUUUGGUUGUUUUUGUGCUAUGAAAUGUGUAAAAGAAACUCUGCAUAUGUGCACCCAAAUUGCUCAGCCUUCCAUCUUCUCCCUGAGUGCUGUGAGUGCACCGAAACUCCACACUCAUGCAGGUCUAGCUCAUAGAGCUCAUUGCACCAGCUUGCCUUUUCUAGUCCUUUCAGUCAGUAGUUGAGUGCAGAUUGCUGUUAGCUGCUAAUCUCAUAUAGAGUCACAAUUAAGCUUUUUCUUACCCUUUUCUAUGGGGAAGCUAUAGGGUGGGUAAGGAGGAUAUUUAGAGUGCUUACACUUUGCUAAAAAUAUUAGAACCUUCCUGUGACAGGAUAAAGUAAAUUAUAAUUAAAUAUAAACCAGAACCAGAGCUACCUCUAAGUAGUGUUUCCUCAAGCACAAAGCUCUCAGGCAAAUGAGACUCACUUUAAUGGAGGGUCUCUGAUUUCUUGAGCAUCAGCGAGUUUCAGAAGUGACUUGUCUUUUGUACUCUUCUAGUUCCCUUGUAGUGACACACUUUUUCCCAUUCCACACUGUGCUUAAAUGACAAAGACUCUUCUGAGAAGCCAAAAUUCUAUCAAAUUCUUAGCUAGAGAUAUCAUUGAUUAAAGGAAAACCUAGAAAUGAGUGGAAGAGGAGAGUUAGUUCCAGUUCUAAUAGUCUUUUGAAAUAAAUAAAUCAAUUCUUUUCUGGGAAGUGAUAUUUUAUAGGUAAUGGGAUGAUAUUUUAAAUGCUUUACUUAAGUUGAAGAUAGAAUAGUUAAUGCCUCUAUUGCUAUUCUGUGGCUGACAUGGUUUUGAUAUAGCUUUACAAUUUCUGUUACUAAGCUGGGAGGUAGUGUUAAUACCAGUUUUAAAUGUUGGCUGCAUUGUUUUGUGAUCCUCCUCUGAUUUGCAGUAUAAUAACUUUACAAGCUAAAUUUUCAGAAGGAAUUUUGUUUUAGAAUAUGCAUCUUGUCUAUUUGGGAGCAACCGUGUCUUUUCAAUCAUGGGAUUGACAAAAAAUAAAGUUAUUUCUUUAUUUGGGGAA